UGCGCGUUGUGUGUGUGUGUGUGUGUGUGUGUGUGUGUGUGUGUGUGUGUGUGUGUGUGUGUGUGUGUGUGUGUGCGUGUGCGUGCGUGCGUGUGUGUGUGUGUGUGUGUGCGUGUGUGUGUGUGCGUGCGUGCGUGUGUGCGUGUGUGUGUACGUGCCAGUCAGUCAUUCUGUUUGGGAGUGCCACAGUGUAUCACGAUACACUCUCUGUGGACGUUCCCAGUGCUCCCAGUUGCUCUCCUGUCGAAGGGAGACCACUGCAUGGUGGACGGUGACCCCGAGGCAAACCGGGGACUAAACCCAGAGCCUCACGGACUGAGCUCAGGUUCAUCACUUCAAUGCCUCCCAAGAGGAAGAAGGAUGUCGUGAUCCGGUCGGAAGAUGUGGGAAUUGAGAUCGAUGCCCAGGAGGACAGUGGGAGUGAGGAGGAGGCCAGGAGAAGAGCCAGAAACAGGAGAGCCAAACCUUCUCCACGCAGAGCCAAACGCCCAGUGAGCGAUGACGAAGACGAGGAGGAGGAUGAGCCCCCGAGGAGGAAAGGACGGCGGGGGAAGGCCAAGGUGCAGGACAGUGAUGAGGAGGAGGAAGAGGAGGAGAAAAAGGGCAGGAAAAAGAAACCCGUCAAAGCUUCAAACAGGAAGAAAAAAGCAGUGAAGGAGGAGAGUGAGGAAGAGGAGGAGGAGAGUGCGGAGGAACGAGGGAAGAAUAAAAAACGAGGCAAAGCGCCGAGCAAAAAGGAGAAGGAGGAGCAGAACAAGGUGAAGAAAAGCGGCAAGGACAAAGGGAGCGAGAAAACCAAGAGAAAGAACAGUGGAAAGUUCAGCAGCUCGUCGGGGUCGGGUUCUGACUCUGACUCUCUGUCGGAGGGCGAGAUGGAGCUCCUGAAGGAGGAGGUAGAGGAGAAGAAGAAGCUCAUCACGACCUUGAGGAACAAACCCUGGCGCAUGAAGAGGAGACUCCAACAACUCAAGGAGGCCCAGGCGUUUGUGGAGAAGUUUGAAGGCGCUUUAGGCAAAGGAAAAGGCAGGAAGCUCUACGCAUACAAAGUGAUGAUGGCCAAGAAAUUGAUCAAAUUCAAGCGUGACUUUGAGAACUUCAAAACAGCUUGUAUCCCCUGGGAGAGGAAGAUCAAGGAGGUGGAAAGUCACUUUGGUUCCUCGGUGGCCUCCUACUUCAUCUUCCUGAGGUGGAUGUAUGGCCUCAACCUGGUCCUCUUUGGUUUCAUGUUUGGGCUUGUGGUCAUGCCUGAGGUUCUAAUGGGUCUUCCCUAUGGCUCCAUUCCCAGGAAAACCGUCCCCAGACCGUUGCAGGAAACAGCUAUGGACCUUUCAGUCUUACUUGACUUUGGUGGGUUCAUGAAGUACUCCGUCCUGUUCUAUGGUUACUAUAACGACGAGCGGACCAUCGGCGUGCUGCAGUUCAGGCUGCCGCUGUCCUACCUGCUGGUGGGCGUCGGCAUCUUCGGCUACAGCCUCAUGGUCGUCAUCAGAACGAUGGCCCGCAACGCCAACGAGGGAGGGGACGGGACGGACGAGGGGGACUUCAACUUCAGCUGGAAGAUGUUCACCAGCUGGGACUACCUGAUAGGAAACCCCGAGACCGCAGACAACAAGUUCGCCUCCAUCACCACCAGCUUCAAGGAGUCCAUCGUGGACGAGCAGGAGAACCAGAAGGACGAGAACAUCCACCUGCGCCGGUUCCUUCGGGUGCUGGCCAACUUCUUCAUCCUGUGCACCCUGGGGGGCAGCGGCUACCUCAUCUACUUCGUGGUGAAGCGCUCCCAGGAGUUCGCAGAGAUCGACCAAGACAACCUCUCCUGGUUUGAGAAGAACGAGGUGGAGUUUGUCAUGUCCCUCCUGGGGCUGGUGUGUCCUCCUCUGUUUGAGACCAUCGCCGAGCUGGAGGAGUACCAUCCCCGCAUCGCCCUCAAGUGGCAGCUGGGGCGCAUCUUCGCCCUCUUUCUGGGGAACCUCUACACCUUCCUCUUCGCCCUGUUCGAUGAGGUCAACGCCAAGCUGGAGAACGAAAAGUCCAUUAAGAACGCCACCAUCACAGCAUACAACGAGUACUACUCCAACUACAGCUCCUUCUACAACACCACCGACGUGCCCCCACUCGACAUCCAGCCUGCGGACGCCAUCAGGGGACCCUGCUGGGAGACCGCAGUGGGAAUCGAGUUUGUGAAGCUGACCGUCUCGGACAUCCAGGUGACCUACCUCACCAUCCUCAUCGGGGACUUCCUGCGAGCGGUCCUGGUCCGCUUCCUCAACUACUGCUGGUGCUGGGAUCUGGAGGCGGGCUUUCCUUCAUAUGGAGAGUUUGACAUCAGCGGGAAUGUGCUCGGGCUCAUCUUUAACCAAGGCAUGAUAUGGAUGGGGGCCUUCUACGCCCCGGGCCUGGUGGGCCUCAACGUGCUGCGCCUGCUCUCCUCCAUGUACUACCAGUGCUGGGCGGUGAUGAGCUGCAACGUGCCCCACGAGAGGGUGUUCAAGGCCUCGCGCUCCAACAACUUCUACAUGGCCCUGCUGCUGCUGGUGCUCUUCCUCAGCCUGCUGCCGGUGGUGUACACCAUCAUGACCCUCUCGCCCUCCUUUGACUGCGGGCCCUUCAGUGGCAGGGAGAAGAUGUAUGAAAUCGUCAUGGAGACGAUCGAGAAAGACCUCCCGGCCUUCAUCGGGAACAUCUUCACCUACGCCACCAACCCCGGCCUCAUCCUCCCGGCCGUUCUCCUCAUGGUCCUUGCCCUGUACUACCUGAACGCUCUGUCUAAGGGAUACCAGCAGGCCAACCUCGACCUCAAGAAGAAGAUGCAGAUGACCCGAGAUGAGGAGAAGAACCGCCGCAACAACAAGGACAGCACCAACCAGGUCAUGAAGGAUCUGGAUGAUCUGCUGCCCAAUAGAUCUCUCAUACCCCCCCCUGAGGAGGAGGAGCCACCCCCGCCUGUUGCUCAAAAGGGAAGCAAGUCUCCUAAACUGAAGCCCGGCUCGGCAGCCAAUGGGAAAGGAGUCAACCUCCAGAAAGAGGUCUCCUUGGCCGCAACCAACCCCAGGGGCGUAGUGAACCGGCCCCCGGGGCCCCGAGGGGGACCCCCCGGUAACGUCAGGGGCCCUCAGCCUGGACCAGGGAGGGGCAGGGGCAGGGGGGGCCCUCCUCCAAGGCAAUAGGGUUCAUAAGGGCCUGUUAGGGUCCCUGAAUGAUCUGCUGCUCGACGGAUGGAAAAUCACGUCAACAGGGGGGCAUCCCCGAUCAAGACCGUAGGAUUACAUUAAAGGGGACUUAUCAUACCACCAGGUGUGAGUGUGAUUAGCCAUAACAAGCUGUUUUGAAAAUGUGCAGCUUCUGACAGCACAGGUGGGCGUGUCCAACGAGAUUUGUGAGGGAUAGAUGAGCAACAUUUGCUACAGUCCACUGGGUAGGCUGAUAGGAUGAUCUAUCCAGCACACAUCUAGGUGGACACGCCCACAGAUUUUGACAACAGCCUGUAAGGCUAAUCCCACUCACACCUGGUGGCAUGUCAUGGGACCUUUAAUGAAACUGAGGAAUUUCACCCUCCUGUCAACAUUCAGUGAAACAUAUGCAUGCAACUAUCUACUCUAUCAUUAGUAAAGAAAAUCAGUUGUGAAGAAAACAUAUCGGUGCCUCUGGCAGCAUCUGACAAUAUCACCUUUAUUACCGAUUCGUUAAAGAGAAAUCCAACGGGACAAUAUAUUUGUGCCUUAUGACAGCCUUAUGAGUCUAGAAAUACCACUUUUAUUACAUAUUUGUAAAAUUUAAAAAGUUGUUAAAAUAUACAGUUAUAGCAAACAUUUACUGCAGUGAUGUGGAGAACUGGGUUAAUGUGGGUUAUAGGUUAAAGGUCGACCGUUUUACUGAUUUCAUUAAGAAAUCACAUGCGCUGUAAAUAACUUGUUUAAUGUAUUUCUAUGAAGUUUUUGUAAAGCAGCUAAUAAAAUCAUAUAAUGUAUGAUCA